UAUGUACUAAGAAGCGACAAAAAUAUAUACUUUGUCUAAAUUAUUAAAAAAAUUAACUACUACUACGAAUGGUACUUGUAUAAGAAGGGGGGAAAUAAAAGAGGGCAAAAUAAUAUAUAUAUCAGCCCCCCACUUCUUGUGACUACCCAAGAACGGAAAAUCGCGUCGAACAAAAUCGCAGUCCCCGCGAAAUGUCGGUAAAGUAAAGAUGACCGUCGAUUUAACAUAGCCAAAGAUGAAAGAAAAUCCAGAAAGCGUCGAUAACAGCAAAAACGCGAAAAAGAAAUUAAAACCGAAAAAAACGUCGCUGAUAAAACGUUUAAAAUUAAAAACGAAACAUAGUUCGCAAAGUGAUAUUUCGAUAGAGCCGCAGCCGUCGACGUCUUCGGAAUCAUCGGCGCUGGAAAGACGGACGCCGGAAGGCGACGACACGGAUAUCACGUUGGGAAAAUCCGUCUCCGACACGAACCUUUCGGAUUCGUCUUGGAAAAGUGCCGAAAAUCUUACCGCCGAUAAACGAAAAGGGUCGAGCAAAAGCGUUAUUAACGUGGAAACCACUCAAGUUGAAGUUACGGUUGAGGAAAAAGAUAAAGAGAAGGAAUUUAAAUCGUCGGUGGAUUUAAAGGAUAUGCCCGCCUUUGGUGAACUUAUUUUUGACACAACUAUGACUUCGUCGAAUACAAUAGCCAGAUCGAAAGAUCAUUUGUACAAAAUUUUAGUUAUCGGCGAUUUGGGGACCGGAAAAACUUCGAUUAUCAAACGUUACGUUCAUCAAUUCUUUUCUCAACAUUAUCGAGCAACAAUUGGCGUUGAUUUUGCUUUAAAAGUUAUCAAUUGGGAUCAAAAUACUUUAGUAAGACUUCAAUUAUGGGACAUAGCGGGUCAAGAACGUUAUGGUAAUAUGACACGAGUUUAUUACAAAGAAGCUGUUGGGGCUUUUAUAGUAUUUGAUGUAACACGAUCGAAUACGUUUGAUUCGGUUUCAAAUUGGAAAGCCGAUUUGGAUUCAAAAGUACAACUUUCCGAUGGUUCUCCAAUUCCGUGCGUUUUGUUGGCGAAUAAAUGCGAUCAACCGAAAGAAGGUUUAGUUGCGAGUCCGUCGAGAAUGGACGAUUAUUGUCGCGAAAAAGGAUUUACCGCUUGGUUUGAAACUUCGGCUAAAGAAAAUAUUAAUAUUGAUGAUGCAGCUAGAGCUUUAGUAAGCAAGAUUUUGGAUAAUGAUGCCUUACUUAGUAAUAAUAAAGGGGAUCAAUUUACACUUCACGAUGAAACUCCAGCCGAGAAAAGUAGUUGUACAUGCAAAUUAUUUUAAAUUUCUCUUUUUAAGGAUUUAUUUUGAGAUUUUUUCUAAGAAAAUUGUAGACACCAUAUUUAUUUCGAAUUCCUAAUACUAUUUUUUAUGUUUUUUUACGUUUACAGAGCACCGAAAAUACGACGUUAAUUUGAUAGAUCAUAAGAUUUGUUUUUUUUUAGACAAAAUGUGACGAGGUAUGUUGUACAUAUGUAUUAAAAAGAAGAGAUCAUUUUUUCUAUGUAUAUUUGUACUUAAUCAUAUCGUGUAACAGUAGAUCACCGAGAUUUUAUACUAAGAAGAUUAGAUUUUCACCUAUUUUUCCACGUAUUUUGAGAUUAAAUAGUAUAUUUUAUUGUA